AUGAGUAGCAACGAUAUUGACGAGAAGGAGCCUUCCAUUACAAUGGUCAGGAAGAAGAGCGGCCUGGUGCUUUGCGUCAGCAAGAUCAUGUCAACCUCAGAGGCUACCAAAUGUGGCUACAGUAACUACGAGCCCGGACACCUCACCGAGAUGCUGCCACCCAACGUCGAUGAUGGAGAGGGCAGCGAGCCUCGAACAUUCCAGACGUCAGUGAGAUACGACAGCGGCAUCAUGGGGAUGACCAAAGCCAUGGGGCUCUUACGGAGCUCAUCCGGGUUUGUCAAGGACGAGAAGCCCUUCUGGGCGUGGCUGUCGGAAGAGGAUUCAAACGGGGAGAGAACUCUGGUCUGCUGGCAUCGAGAGGCGACCACCGAUGGUUCUACGGUCGCUACGUACUCCAUCCUCGAAGGCAAAGUGAAGAAAGGUCAGGGAACGGUGCGGAAGGAGCGGAACGUAUCUCAGGAUGAGGCGACCCUGGACCCAGACUGUCCGCCCGAGAUGCUCAGCGCUGCCAGGCGCUACCGCGCACUGGGCAACCCUCUUCCACUGCACGACUUUGUCACGCAUCUCGACAUGGCCGAUGGUCGCUCCGUGGUGCUACACCAGCCGUACGCUAGCAACGCUAUCUGGUCCGGCGGCGAUCCAGUCACCGCGUGUGCAGACUUUCGGCCUCUUGGCUACGGGAAAGCGUACAUCGUGACUCUGAUGGAUCCCAGCAAUGCUGAGUCGCACCGAUCGGACGGUCCCGCAGAAUAG